GGCUCCUCCCCGCGCCGGAGUCGGAAGGGCCCGUGUCUUUCUCCGAAAGGAGCAGUUCCGGCCCUAAGAAGAUUCUAGUGGUUGUAGCGCUAUGACGGAGCCCUUUGGGGACUGCGCUUCUCCGUACAAGAACGGCUUCGAGGAAGCAAAGGAAAAUGUGCACCCAAGGAAUUUGAUUCCAGAGCUUUGUCGGCAAUUUUAUCAUUUAGGAUGGGUUACAGGAACUGGUGGUGGAAUCAGCAUGAAACAUGGUUCUGAUUUUUCUUUCCCGGCCAGCAAUGGAAUAUAUAUUGCUCCGUCUGGUGUCCAAAAAGAAAGAAUACAGCCUGAAGACAUGUUUGUGUGUGAUAUCGAAGAAAAAGACAUCAGUGGCCCUCCGUCCUACAAGAAACUCAAGAAGAGCCAAUGUACACCUCUGUUCAUGAAUGCUUAUAUCAUGAGAGGAGCCGGAGCAGUGAUUCAUACUCAUUCCAAAGCUGCUGUAAUGGCCACACUUUUGUAUCCAGGAAAAGAGUUUAAAAUCACUCAUCAGGAGAUGAUAAAAGGAAUCAAGAAAUGUACUACAGGGGGAUAUUUCAGAUCCAAGCAAACACCGCUGAGUUCAAUCAGAUUUCUUUCUAGAUAUGAUGACAUGUUAGUAGUCCCUAUUGUUGAGAAUACACCUGAAGAGAAGGACUUGAAGGAGAGAAUGGCACAUGCAAUGAACACAUAUCCGGACACUUGUGCCGUGCUGGUCAGGCGUCAUGGUGUUUAUGUUUGGGGUGAAACUUGGGAAAAAGCCAAGACAAUGUGUGAAUGUUACGACUACCUUUUUGACAUUGCAGUACAAAUGAAACAACAUGGAAUUGAUCCUUCUGUAAUUCCCAGCGGAGAAAAUGGAAUUGUUUAGUAACUUUUUCCCUAAAAACUACCUUUCAGUACAGUAUUAUUGGAUUUCUAGGACGUGUCUGAUUAUUAAACACUAACCAUCCAACAUUGUUUAUUAAGAGUGUGAAGAAUACCCACCUUAAUUUCUAUUCCUCGUUGUAAAUAUUGAAUUAUACAAUUCUCCUUUACCUCUCAAGUUAUGUAAUAAUUUUUUGUUUUAGGAUCUUCUCUGUAAUUCAUAUUCUAGCGUUUAACAAUAUAUCAUUAAAACAUGGUGGCCUUAUAACUUUUAAAUUCAGGAUUUCUUUUUUUCUUUUUCUUUUUUUACAGAAGAAACACAUCAUGAUAUCCAGCAGGCGAAAUAUUCAAAACUAUUUCAUAUAUGUUUUGAAAGACUACCCUGAAUAGAAGUAUGCCAAAAUAAUACAUUAGCUUUUACUUUUGAAAAAUGACACUUUAAGAAAGUGAGCAGAUUUCUCCUACGUGCUGUUUUCUUUGGAUAAUUCAAAAUACAUGUCAACGCAGAAAUCAGUCCAAAAUUUUAGGUAUUUGAAAAAUAAUGAAAGCUGCCUGGAAAAAAAAUAAUAUGCAGAAAUGAAUGGUGUGUUUAUUUUAUCAAAAUGUUUUAGAACAGUGGUCCUUAACCUGUGGGUCGGGACCCUAUUUGGGGUCGAACGACCAUUUCAUGGGGGUCGCCAAAUAGAGUCUAAUUCUAUUGGCUUUCAAAAGCCAAUAGGAAUUGUCCAGGCUGUCUCUGCCCUGCUGAGCCCGCCAAAAGUCCCAUUCUGCAAACAGUAAUGCACCAGUUGAGUAGUCCUCGACUUACGACCGAUUGGGGGUUGCGGCAUUAAAAAGGUUGAGAACCACUGUUUUAGAAGGUGCCAAUCUAUUUAAUAACAUUAUAAAAGUUACAUAUGUCAUAACAAGAAGUAAAAUGGGAAUAUAUUGCUGUAAUUUGCACUUCAACGUUACUUGCUCUGUGGGGAUGAGAUGGAUGCCAGGCACAAAGUUUGAAAGGCAGACGUUUGUGAAGAUGACUAGUAACAAAAGAGUUGAAUUUUGCCAUAGAUGAAAUGAUAUCAAAAUUAUUUAUUAAAAUGACCUCCAGACAAAUAUUAAAAUACUAUUUAAAUGCAAAA